AUGGCCAUGCCAACGGCGCCUGGUAGCUUGGCAGAGCUGCUUCUGGCACGUCCGGCCACUGCAAGUCAGGAGCUGCCCCCCAACACAGAACCGCACUACAGCCUGUACUCUUUCGAAGACUUCCGCCGCUACAUCAUCGAGGCGGACAUUAAGUUGGUCCGGCCCCAGUACCUCCGAGAGCUGCUCGCGCAAGGGCGAAUCUUCCCUCGGCGCCAGGAGGCCGAAAAAGAGCCAGGGGCACUUUUCAAGCCCACGGAGGAAGACAACUUCCGCGUGGUGACAAUCUCCCAUUCCUGGGAAUCCAUGGAACAUCCCGACCCGUGUGGCUUUCAACUGAAGCAGAUCGUUCGCCGCAUUGAUCUGGAUAUGGCAUUACAACCAAUCUUCAGAACGUUCCAUAUAGACUUUUCUAGGACGGACGUCUUCUUCUUCAUUGACUUUGUGUGCUUAUACCAGUACAAGCGCGAGGAUCAAGGCCAGGACGAGUCAUUCCGCCGCGCCAUGACUGCGAUGCAUUUGUUCUAUGCCAAUGCCAACUCAGGUGAACAAUUCCGCUUACAAGUCUGGCGCAUCGAGCGCCUGACGCCACGCAGAACUUGGUGGUGGCAAAGCUGGAAGGGCUGUAAGGUCCGCGUUUUCCAUGCGCUUUCAGGGGGCAUUGCUGAGGUCCCACUACAGGAUGUCUUGCGUAACACGACGCCAUAUUGCAGGCGCGGAUGGUGCGCUGCAGAGGUCGAGUGGUCACAACCAGUCUCGAUCGAUAUCUCACACCCAAGUUUUCUCCAGCUCUUGCUGCUGAGCUUACCCAUUUCCUGCCAAUUUCUCAAGCAAUUCUGCCUCGCAUGCCUAUUUGUCGCCUCCGUUCCAGAAGCAAAGCCACCCAUGACGCCGGAAGCCUUCCGCCGGAGGCUUCAGAGCCUGAAAUUCACACACAGGGCAGACCUGGAACCUCUGAGCGAGCUGCAGCGGCGUGUUUUUGCAGACAAAAUGCUGACCAAGGAUGUGGCAUUUGGAGACCUUGGGACUCCUCGGGAGAUCUCCGCACUGUUGGAACUGGUGCCAUCCUACACAUGCCUGUGUACCUUUUCUCUGUUCAGGACUUACCUCCGCCCUCGUGACAGCCAUGAGCUUCUGCUCCAGUUGAUGUCCAAGACCGCGCUGCGUAAGCUGAACCUGGACUUUGUGCCCUUGUCCCAGGAUGCGGUCCAUGCGCUCGCCGAUGGCCUCGAGUGCGGCGAGUCGCCUCUCCAAGUUCUGUCGCUGGUGGCGUGCGGCCUGAGUCCUACCGCGGCUGCUCUUGUGGCCGGAAGCCUUGCUGCAAACUUCUCGGUGGAGGAGCUGAAUUUGAGCUGGAACACCGUGAAGGAUGAAGGCGCCGUGGCUUUCUCGAAGGCACUUCGCACCAACCGUUGCCUCAAACGCCUGAUAUUGGCUACGUGUCGUGUUGGGAACUCGGGGGCCUUGGCACUUGGAGCCGCGCUGGAGACCAACAGAACGCUGGAGGUGCUUGCCCUAGAUGGCAACCCAAUCGGGGUGCAGGGUUUGCAGGUGCUCGUGGCGGCCAAAGAGCGCCGGCGCCGGGAAGGAAGCCUCGAACUCACGCACGAGAUGCUUGACUGUACUCCAGACGUCGAUAACGAGACCUGUCUCCAGUGGUGCUGCUACGGAUGCGGGCUUGUUUUCUGCCACGGUCUACUUUGGAUGAUGACACGGGUGGUAGCAGCUGUUAUUCUCCAUUUCCCCUUAUGGUUGCAGAGGAUGCGCUACCGGCUCACAUGCUGGUCCUGGCGCUCAGGCAGAUAG